CAACUUCAAACAGGAGCUUGUCAAAACAUUUUGUUUUUUCUACCUGGUUAUUCGUGCUAUGUUUAUAAGUUUACUCCGAUGGCAUCAAGUAAAUCAAACAAACCACACCCUAAUGACAAAUACAGCUUCACCGAUUUUAAUGAAAACAAAGCUCCUAUUAAUUUAAGUUUAGCACCGUAUUGGUUUCUUGUUUUUUUAAGAAUAGCUCUUAUAUUUAUCCCACAAGAUGGGUAUAUCCAUCCUGACGAAUAUUUUCAGUCUUUAGAAAUUCUUAAUAGUGAUAUUUUUAAUGUGGCUUCCAUAAGACCAUGGGAAUUCAAUUCAACAUAUCCCAUAAGAAGUGUUGCUUUACCUUAUGUUGUUAUGGGUUUUCCACUCUUCUUACUUAAAAGUAUUGCACCGUUUCUUAACUUAUGGUUUAAUAUGAAAAUUAUUACUCCUUACACUUUAUUAGUUGUACCUCGUUUAGCCUGCUGUUUUCUUUCAUUCGUGACUGAUUACUGCAUGUACAGGAUAUGUUGUUUAUAUAGACAGAAUUAUAGAUCACGUUUAUUGACAUUAGCGAGUUCUUAUGUUAUGUUGGUUUACAGUACCAGAACAUUCACAAAUUCUAUUGAAUUAGCUCUUGCUUCAUAUCUAAUAUAUUUGGUUUCAUAUUGCAUGGCCAAGUCUGACCAGGUUAUAUACCAAGAAGAAUAUUACCAUGAAAAGUAUAAACAAGCAGAUAAUAUGAAAGAUAAAAUCAAAUUUCAUCGUCUACGUGUGUCUUUACCAUGGCAUACCUUCGCAAAUGUGUUUUACAUAGCUACCGUUACAGUGUUAGGUGUCUUUAAUCGUCCCACAUUUUUUGCUUUCGCAUUUCCACCUAUAUUCUUUUGGCUGCUGAGAGGCAUGGGCUCUCAUUUGAUCGGUUUUACUGAUUUUAAUAUAAGAAUGUUUGCGCUGUUUCUGUGUUCAAUACCAUCUAUGUGCCUCAUGGUUGCUGUUGAUUCAUAUUAUUAUGAACAGCUUACUUUCCGUGAUUUUGCACACAGGAGGGUAAGCUUAUGGUCAAAAAUUGUUUUUACUCCCUUUAAUUUUAUAACUUACAAUUUGGACUGGCGUAAUUUAAAAGAACAUGGUAUUCAUCCCCGUUACACACACUUUCUUGUCAACAUACCACUUUUGUUCAAUGUUCUCGGUGUUUCUGGAUUAAUUGGCUUCCUUCAUAUCCUUUACAGAGCAUUUAUGAGGCGUUGGAGUAGUCUUCCUCGAGUUCAAAGUAUAAUUGGACUGAUGACUUCAUCUUUUGUCAUUCCGAUUACUCUUCUAUCUGCCAUUCCUCACCAAGAACCACGUUUCUUAAUUCCUGUGACUUUGCCACUUGUAUUUCUACACUCUCAGCGAAUUCGCUCUAUAUCUGAAAGUAGUUCUGUUGUUAGUAAAAAAGAGAAUGGUUACACUGCUUUCCUCAAGGCAAAGGUUAAACCUGACACUAGAAAUGGCCUACUAACUACAUGGUAUAUAGUGAAUAUUAUAUUCUCUGUCUUUUUUGGAUUUGUACAUCAAGCUGGUGUUUAUAAUUUAGUUGAUCAUUUAUCAAAAGAAAUUCAAACCAAACCCAGGCUGACCACUAUUCAUUUGGUUACUUCACAUAUGUAUCCACUACCAAUAUCACUUCUUCAACUUAAAUUUGGUUCAGCUGCAACUGUGCAUUUCACCAAUUCUACAAGGAGAUUCCAAAGAUCAAGGGAUGUUUAUACUUAUGAGCUUGGAACAGCAAGCAUGGAAUCAGUAACAGACAAACUUGCUGAGUUGCUCCAGACCUCUGAACAGAGCUGGAAAGAAAAACGGCUCAAGUAUCGCCUCUAUCACGCCUGCCCUGGCACUUUGAAGACUGACUUCGAGCUGGCCUGCCUCACGCACAAGAUGACUGCUAAAGUAGAAAGAGUUUUCCAUCGUCAUUUCUCUGCUGAAGCUAUGCCGUAUGAAAACUUAAACAAUUUGUUCGACCAGCUUAGCCUUGUCCUAUAUAGGCUGAGCCCUAGGGAAACCUAAUUCAUUGUUUCGUUUUUAUGUUGGGUUUUAUUUUUAAAUCAUUGAAAGAAUGAUUUUUAGCACUUUGAAUAGCGUUAUUUAUUGUUUCUUUGUAAAAGGAAAUCGGAAGAUAAACUAAAAUUAAUAUUCAUGACUUUAUGGAGAUUUUAAUAUCUAUGUUGAACACACUAUUGAUGUUAUAUUUAACUUAUGUGUAAGGUUAUGUCAGUGUUAAGGUAAAGUGUGUGUUUAAACAAAAUCUGUCCAUUUAUACACAGGUAAAAUGCAUGGUAGAAUAAAGUGCACUUUUAAGUUAAUUGAAAAUAUCUACUUUACUAGAGUGGAUAAUAGUAAUUUUAAUUAUAAAUUAGAAUUUUUAUUUAACUAUUUAAUGAAACUCUCCAUUAAGGACUUCCUGACUAUAUUGUUUGUAAGUUUCAUAUUUUAGUUUGUUAACAAGUUAGCUGCAGUUACAUCCCCGGUGUCCGAUAGCUUUAUAUCAUCUAUAAUGAUUAUUUACGUUUUUAUCUAUCCAACUCCCAUUCAAAUAUUUGUAAAAAUGGCCAUUUUAGAGACUUCGUAAGAUAGGCAAAAUUAGAAACAAUCUCGCCGAAUUUGAGAAGAAUAUUGGAACCCGGGAACCGUUACCGCAUCUAACAUGUUAAGAAUAAUUUGGAUGUGAUUUUAAUUCAUUCCAAUUUUAAACAAAAUGUUUAAUUUAUUUAAGUAAUUGAUAUAAUAAAAUAUAGUUUAAUUCUUUUAAGUUAUUGUUAUAUGAUUCAUUGAACUGAUUGGUACUGUAUUGCCAUUGAUGGACCCUGGUACCGAGUUGAUAAUUCCUAUGUAUUAUUUUAUUCAGGUCUAAAUAAAAUUUAGGCUUUGAUGGCCUAAGGUUUUACUCUUUAAAACUUAAACAAACCACCAAAUAUCUGUUA